AUGGAGGACGAAGUCGCUGCUCUCGUUAUCGACAAUGGUUCGGGAAUGUGCAAAGCCGGUUUCGCCGGUGAUGACGCUCCCCGAGCUGUCUUCCCCUCGGUGGUCGGUCGCCCCCGUCACCAGGGUGUCAUGGUUGGCAUGGGCCAGAAGGACUCGUACGUCGGUGACGAGGCCCAGUCCAAGCGUGGUAUCCUGACGCUCAAGUACCCCAUCGAGCACGGUAUCGUUACCAACUGGGACGACAUGGAGAAGAUCUGGCACCACACCUUCUACAAUGAGCUCCGUGUCGCCCCCGAGGAGCACCCCGUCCUGCUCACCGAGGCUCCCCUCAACCCCAAGGCCAACCGUGAAAAGAUGACCCAGAUCCUUUUCGAGACCUUCAACGCCCCCGCCUUCUACGUUGCUAUCCAGGCCGUCCUCUCGCUCUACGCCUCGGGUCGUACCACCGGUAUCGUGCUCGACUCGGGUGACGGUGUUACCCACACUGUGCCCAUCUACGAAGGUUACUCGCUCCCCCACUCGAUCCUCCGUCUCGACCUUGCCGGUCGUGACUUGACCGAGUACCUUGCGCGCAUCUUGACCGAGCGAGGCUACCCCUUCACCACCACUGCCGAGCGCGAAAUCGUUCGUGACAUCAAGGAGAAGCUCUGCUACGUCGCUCUCGACUUUGAGCAGGAGAUGCUCACCGCCACCCAGUCCUCGGCACUCGAGAAGUCGUACGAGCUUCCCGACGGACAGGUGAUCACCAUCGGCAACGAGCGAUUCCGAACCCCCGAGGUGCUCUUCCAGCCCGCCUUCCUGGGCCUCGAGGCUGCCGGUAUCCACGAGACCACGUACAACUCGAUCAUGAAGUGUGACCUGGACAUCCGUAAGGACCUGUACGGCAACAUUGUCAUGUCCGGUGGUACCACCAUGUAUGCCGGUAUCUCGGACCGAAUGCAGAAGGAGAUCACGGCGCUUGCCCCCAGCUCGAUGAAGGUCAAGAUUGUGGCUCCCCCCGAGCGCAAGUACUCGGUCUGGAUCGGUGGAUCGAUUCUGGCCUCGCUCUCGACGUUCCAGCAGAUGUGGAUCUCGAAGCAGGAGUACGACGAGAGCGGACCUUCGAUCGUCCACCGCAAGUGCUUCUAA